AUGGUCUGGGUACUUUUGGCAGCAAUGGAAUUCCUACAAGGCUUUGAAGAGGAUAUUCUGAUCGUUUCUGAGGGGAAAAUGGCCCCAUUCACUCAUGAUUUCAGAAAAGCUCAGCAGAGGAUGCCAGCUAUUCCUGUCAAUAUCCACUCCAUGAAUUUUACCUGGCAAGCAACAGGACGGGCCGAGUACUUUUAUGAAUUCCUGUCUUUGCGCUCACUGGAUAAAGGCAUAAUGACUGAUCCAACUAUAAAUAUUCCCCUGCUUGGAAAAGUUCCUCAUAAGGCAUCAGUUGUCCAGGUUGGAUUUCCUUGCCUCGGAAAGCAAGAUGGAGUAGCAGCAUUUGAAGUGAAUGUGAUCAUAAUGAAUUCAGAAGGCAAUAUAAUUCUCCAAACUCCCCAAAAUGCCAUCUUCUUUAAAACAUGCCAGCAAGCUGAAUGCCCAGGAGGGUGCAGAAAUGGAGGUUUUUGCAAUGAAAGGCAUGUGUGUGAAUGUCCAGAUGGAUUUUAUGGACCUCACUGUGAGAAAGCUCUAUGUGCACCCCGCUGCAUGAAUGGUGGACUCUGUGUUACACCCGGUUUGUGCAUCUGCCCACCUGGAUUCUAUGGCAUCAACUGUGAUAAAGCUAACUGCACAACAACCUGUUUCAAUGGAGGGACCUGUUUCUAUCUAGGAAAAUGCAUUUGUCCUUCUGGAUUUGAGGGAGACCAUUGUGAAAUUAGCAAAUGUCAUCAGCCAUGUCGAAAUGGAGGCAAAUGUACUGGUAAAAAUAAAUGCAAGUGCUCCAAAGGUUACCAAGGAGAUCUUUGUUCCAAGCCGGUCUGUGAACCUGGCUGUGGAUUGUAUGGAACCUGUGUUGAACCUAAUAAAUGCCAGUGCAAAGAAGGCUGGCAUGGAAGGCACUGCAACAAGAGGUAUGGAGCCAGCAUUAUGACUGCCCUGAGGCCAACAGGCAUGAAGCAGAGACAGCACACACCUUCACCUAAAAAGGCUGAAGAGAGGCUUGUUCCACCCGAAUCCAAUUAUAUCUGGUGAACUCAGACAUCUGAAACGUUUUAUGUUACACAAAGUUCAUAGCCUUCAUUAACCUUUCAUGUGUUGAAUGUUAAAAUGCUGUUCAUUACAGUUAAGAUUACUGGCCUGAAUUUUAUUAGCUUCAUUAUAAACCACUGAGCUGAUAUUUACUAUUCCUUUUAAGUUUUAUAAAUACGUCUUUAGCACGAUUAUAUAGGCUUCUUGUUUCAGUGCUUUGGAUGGUGUUUGUACUAUAUUUCAGUUACGUUUUAAACUUGUCUUCUUAAUUAUGUAGCUGCAAAUAUUUCCCAAAUUUAAACAGCAUCCCAGCAGAGAACUGUAUAGAUGCUAACCUGCAUCAGUCCAGUGACUACAGAGGUAGUUAACCUAAGCAUAAGUCAGGGUUAUUUUUACUAUUGUGCAUUUAGACAUUUUUAUCUUAAAAAAGAAUAUAAAAAAAAUCUUAAUUUAAAAAGAAUGCAUAACUCAUUUCAAUAAUAUUUUUGGUCUUUACAAUUUUGCAGAGUGCUCUGUAUUAAAAAUACAUUACAGUACUGCCAUUCAAACAAUAUAAUAUAUUGUAAACAAAGUAGAUCUAUAAUGUAUGGACUUUUUUGCAUUGGCUUGAAGCAACAUAAUAUAUUGUAAACACAACAGCUCUUUUGUAAUAAACCUUUUAUACUGAUUGUUACUGAUAAAAUAAAGAUGCUGCUUUAGUUUUUCGAGUA